UUUGGACGUGGAUUUAAACAGUUUAUGUCAUCUUCAUGAGACGCAGUUUCACUUCGUCGUAAAGUAGGUAGCUAUCUUAUAAGCUGAGUUGUUUUCAAGAAUGGCAUCGUCUAAGAAGGGGAAGAAAGUUGUAAAUCAAGAAGAACUCAGGCGCCUGAUGCGAGAAAAACAAAGGCAAACGACAGACAAGAGGCGCGUCGAGUCUCCUUUUGCUAAAUACAACAGUCUCGGGCACCUCAGUUGUGUCCUGUGCAAUAUGCAGGUGAAAUCCGAACUACUGUGGCCAGCUCAUGUUCUUGGAAAACAACACAAAGAUAAAGUUAUUGAGCUGAAGGGGGCAAAGAGUCAACCAGACACACCACAAAGUCUACCAGAGAAGAGGAAAGCACCGGACACUGAGGAAGCGAACGGGAAAAAGGCAAAAGUAGCUCCGGUUGCAGGUCAAUCGACGUCAGGGCUACCAGGUUUCUUUGAGAAACCCAGUGAGAAGAAACCUGUUUCUGCUCAGAAAUCUGCAGGUUUGAAUCUGUUGUCUGGAGUCUAUGACGAGGAUGAUGAGGAUGAGGCAGGCCAAGCAGAAGCCACAUGUCCCCCUCCUCAGAAGGCUGAAGCUGCUGGCCUACCUGCUGAUUUCUUUGACAGCUCCAUCCCAUCCACACCCGCCAUCUCCCACUCUGGAUCCAUUCUCAGAGCAGACCUGCAGGAGAAAAGCACAGAAAAGAAAGAAAACACAGCCGAGGCGCUUCCAGAGGGCUUCUUUGAUGAUCCAAUAAGAGAUGCCAAAGUGCGCAACGUUGACGCACCCAAAGAUCAAAUGGACAAGGAAUGGGAAGAGUUUCAAAAGGAGAUAAGACAGGUGAACACAAAAUCAGAGGCCAUCGUGGCCGAAGAAGACGAAGAGGGUCGCCUAGAACGUCAGAUUGACGAAAUUGAUGAACAAAUUGAGUGUUACAAGAAGGUUAAGCUGCUGAGAGACAAACGCGAUGUGGUAAAAAGCAAGUCUCUUGCUAGGAAGGAGGAACAAAUGGAAACCGGUGGCAGCAUUGAGGAGGAAGAGGAGGACGAAGAGGAGCUGCUGGGGCUUUUGUCCCAGGACUGGAGAGCCAAAGGGGCACUGGCAUAGAUUUAUUAGAAAGAAUAUUUCAUCCAAGAGAUCUUUCUGUACAAGUAGUCUAUGUCAGAAAACUGUGUAUAUGUUUGUUUCAAGUUGAUUAAAUAUGUGCAACAUUGUACUAAACAUUAAUUACCAUAGACAUACAGUUUCUCUCUUAAUGGCUUUAAGACUACAAAUCAAACCUUUACAUGUAUGUUUAUUCAUUGGUGCUCACACAAAAACACAUUCAUAAAAUCUCUCAAGUACAGUAGCAGCACAGACCCACAAUCUACAUCAUGAUGGCCAAAGCUGUUACAUUUUGAGUUCAGCUAUCUAAUGUCCUGCAAAAACAAGUAAACUAUAUGAAAUUCAUAAAUAAUUAAUUCAUGUUACAUUAUAAGCAACAUGCAAAGCACAACAGAAUUAUUUUUAAAAAAUGUACAAGUUGAGAUUAAGACAAAGCAAAUUUCACCAACCCAACCCUGUUCACAAGUUAUUUGGCUGAAAAUAUAUAUAUAUAUAAUUUUUACAGAGCACAAUGCUUAUACAUGACAGAUUUGUUCUGUAAAUACCCUUUUAUUAGGCCCAUAAAAAUGGAAUAAAAUGAAAUGAGUAAAUGAUGGUCAGUGCUUCUUAUACUACCUGUUACACACUGAGCUAGGUGUGCCUUUGUUUUUAAUCAAGCAAUAUCUACAUCUUAUUGCUACAUGUGCCUCUUGAGUUACCACUUCAAAAUUCCUUCAGUGAUUCAAAGUGUUCAUAGCCCUUCAAACUUGCAGAACUGAAACUCCAAAAAAAAAA